CUGGGGACGAGAUUUGGUGGCUGGUUUAUAGCCUAUAGGAAAAUCCUUUUUUUGGACUCCUCUGGCAUUUUUUCCGGCUACAUCGGGCUCGGCACAAAAAUUAAAAUAUGCAAAGGAGGUCGCCGUGAACAGGCGCACCUCCUCAUAUUUUUUGUUUAAUUUUCCGAGCACCCUCCGUUUUUUCGGUUACUGUUCAUGCCGGCGGCUAUGGAGAGGAAGAAGGUUGGCAGGGAAGAGAAAAGAAGAAAAGAGAAAAGAAAAUGAAAAAAAUAUGAUGUGGCCGCCAUGUCAGGCCACGUGUGCGCCCAACUUUUAUUCGACCAUGAUAUGAAUGCAAUGCUUAGAUUGAAUUGGCUUUCAUGCCACGAUUUUAUCAUUCAUCCUGUAAAUUCUUCAUGAUUGUUUCACUUUCUCUUUUCUUUUUCCCAUUUUCUGUUUAAUCUCCCGUCUAUAAGUGUUUGAUUCCAUGUUGUAGUUGUCACUCGUAUGUGGUAUGUGGUCGGAGAGGCCUGUUCUAUGACUAUUUUGUUGGAUUAUACAUUUAAAGUGUACUAGGCUACUAGCGAAACUUCAAAGACCAGUAAUAUAUGUUGGCUCCAAGGUCCCAAGACAUGAACAUUUUCAGUCAGUUUUGGAAGGAAAGUUUCCAAGUCGGUCAGACAAGAGUAUGAAAAUGAGUUGGGUGCACAGAACGAUAGUGUCCUCGCCUCACUAAAUUCACUUUCCACCCCCCCUAAGAUGGUAGAAGUGGAGUUUGAAAAUGGUAGUCUGUAUCAUUUGUCAGCUGAGUAUCUCAGAAUUUAUAGCCCAGCAGCUGAUAGUAAGAUCCGUUCAGUUGGGGGUGAAAAGGUAUAACAACAAGAGGCUGCACUGCAUUAUUGUUUCUUCUUGCAUGAUAAAUUUGCAGUUAACCAAUUGUCACUCUUUGUUAUUAUGGAUCUUUGUUGACCUGAACGAAUGUUACACCAAAUUUUGUGCCUUGGGGGGGGGGGGGUCGUUGAGUCGCAGAACCAUGAUGAUGUAUGGGUGCAGGUGAUAUGUGGGAGGCGCUAUGUUGGAAUGAUGACAACAGAGCCGAUAGGGAACUACGGCGUGAGGUUGUUGUUUGAUGACAUGCACAAGACUGGCAUCUUUACAUGGGACUACUUGUUUCAUCUCGGGAGCAACAAGUUCACUCUCAUGAGAAAUUACAUCAAAACCCUCAAGAAGCACGGGCUGAGCCGCGAUCUACGACCACUUGUUAGAAGAACCAAGUGACAGAAUCUUGUGUACUCUCCUGUCACCACAGUUGAUUGAACAAGAUCGUAUAACUGCAUUUGUGUCUGCACUCUUCCUUCUGUGUUCUCAGACAAUCAACCUUUUAUUUCCUUCAGGAUUUAUAAAACUUAAUUAAAGAAAUGGAUUUAAUAAGUAGUCUUUUAUUGCCUUGUCUGCAUCAUUGUGGCUUAAAGAGCAUGGUUGGGACUGCCCAGUAUCAGUUGUUAAAAGAUAUUCAUUGUGAUGGUUUCCAAAUAAUGUAAUUAAUAUUUUCGAAAUAGCUUUGUAAGUACAUCUCUAUUUUGCUUGUUCUUAAUUUUCUUGACGAGAAGUGCAUACGAAUCCA